AGCUUUCUCCUUCUCCUUCUCAUUUUUUUUUUUGGUUGACUCAACCCCUCUCUCUCUCACCUAACCCCACUCUCUCUCUCUCUCUCUCUCUCUCUCUCUCUCUCUCUCCAGUUUCUCGGGACUCCAUCCUAGAGAGAGAACCAAGAACCAUUCACAGAUCGGUUGAAUCGAAAAUUCCUAUUUUCCACCGAUCGAGAUGGCACUAAUCCACCGCUCCUCCAUCCUAAAACCCCUCUCCACCGCCGCCGCCGCCUCCUUCCCCUCCCUCCGCCGCCCCUUCUCCUCCUCCGACACCAUCACCGUCGAGACCAGCAUCCCCUUCACCGCCCACAACUGCGACCCCCCCUCCCGCUCCGUCGAGACCUCCCCCGCCGAGCUCAUGUCCUUCUUCCGCGACAUGGCCACCAUGCGCCGGAUGGAGAUAGCCGCCGACUCGCUCUACAAGGCCAAGCUCAUCCGCGGCUUCUGCCACCUCUACGACGGCCAGGAGGCCGUCGCCGUCGGGAUGGAGGCCGCGAUCACCAGGAAGGAUUGCAUCAUCACGGCAUACAGGGAUCAUUGCUUGUUCCUUGGCCGUGGCGGAACCCUAGUCGAGGCCUUUUCUGAGCUCAUGGGACGCCAGGCUGGGUGUUCAAAGGGCAAGGGUGGAUCUAUGCAUUUCUACAAGAAGGAAGGUGGAUUUUACGGAGGCCAUGGGAUUGUUGGGGCUCAGGUGCCCUUAGGUAUUGGAUUGGCCUUUGCUCAGAAAUACUCAAAGGAAGAUCAUGUGACUUUUGCCUUGUACGGUGAUGGCGCGGCAAAUCAGGGGCAGUUGUUCGAGGCCCUUAACAUGGCUGCGCUUUGGGAUCUCCCUGCAAUUCUAGUGUGCGAAAACAACCAUUAUGGAAUGGGAACUGCUGAAUGGAGAGCUGCAAAGAGUCCUGCCUAUUACAAAAGAGGGGACUACGUUCCUGGUUUGAAGGUAGAUGGUAUGGAUGCCUUUGCUGUGAAACAAGCAUGCAAGUUUGCCAAGGAACAUGCUUUGAAGAAUGGACCCCUUAUUCUUGAAAUGGACACUUACAGGUACCAUGGUCACUCUAUGUCUGAUCCUGGGAGCACCUACCGCACCCGUGACGAAAUUAGUGGUGUGAGACAGGAGCGUGAUCCACUUGAAAGAAUUAGAAAGCUGGUUCUGUCUCAUGACCUAGCCACUGAAAAGGAGCUAAAGGAUAUUGAGAAGGAAGUGAGAAAAGAGGUUGAUGAUGCCAUUGCUCAAGCCAAGGAAAGCCCAAUGCCAGAACCCUUUGAACUCUUCACCAAUGUGUAUGUGAAAGACUUCGGAGUUGAGUCAUUUGGAGCAGAUAGGAAAGAACUCAGAGCUGUGCUUCCUUGAGAAAAUCCAAUUGGCGACGUCUGGACCAAUAAGACAUCAAAAAAAAGAAGAGAAUAUCCCCAAAUAAAUGUUUUUGACAAUUUCAUCCCGUUACACCAGCAGCCUUUUUGUGGUGUAGGUAGUAUUUUUUUACGUUCCAGUUAUUGGGUACAAAAAUUACCCUCAAAUGAUGUAUUCAUUUUUUGGGUCCCACGUUUCAUUUUUACCUGACCUUGAAUGUGCUUAUCAGGUGCCCCUGGAGUUUCUGAAUAUUGUGGUGUGUAAAUUGAUUUUUGGCUUGAAUUCA